CGCGUGACACGUGACGUCAUUUCCCGGACUAGUCUUCUGCUGAAGUUGACUCAGGCAGGAGGUGGGCUGAGGAUUGAUAUAUAUAGAGUUGUACACACAUUGAGGAUCGCGACCGACUGCAUUUGAUCAGAUCACUUGAACAUCGUAGGAAGUGCGAAUUUGCAAAAUGGAGUCUAUCUCAGUUGCAAACACCAAUUUUGCCCUUCACCUGUUCAGCAAGAUCAAGGAGGGCAACAAAACCAAAAAUGUCUUCUACUCUCCUCUCAGCAUCUCUUCUGCGCUGGCCAUGGUGUCUCUCGGAGCUGCAGGCAACACAGCAACUCAAAUGUCUGAGGUCUUGUGCUUCAACAAACCAGUGAAGCCUAAAUCUGCUCAACCAGUAGCAGUCCAAAAGGCACAACAAACUCAGAAGGUCCAGUUACCAGCGGCUUUACAAAAGACCCUGCACCACGACAAAGUCAAGGAUGAUAUCCAUGCCAGCAUGAGCAAGCUGAUGAGUGAAUUGAACAAAGCAGGAGCGCCAUAUUCCCUCAGCAUGGCCAACAGGCUUUAUGGAGAGCAGUCCUAUCAAUUUGUGGAGAAAUUUAUGAGUGACACAAAAACACACUACAAUGCUGAGCUGGAAACUGUUGACUUUAAAGCAAAUGCAGAAGCUGCACGUGUCAAUAUUAAUAACUGGGUGGAGAAACAAACAAAUGAAAAGAUCAAGAAUUUGCUGGCAAAAGGAAUCGUUGACAGUUUGACCAGACUUGUGUUGGUCAAUGCCAUCUAUUUUAAGGGAACCUGGGAGCAGCAGUUUAAUGCAAAUGCAACAAGGGAGCAUCCUUUCAAGAUCAACAAGAAAGAAACCAAACCAGUGCAGAUGAUGAAUCAGAAGGCAAAGUUUCCCCUGGCCUUUAUUCCUGAUGUGCAGUGCAGGAUUCUUGAAAUGCCAUACAACGGCAAUGAGCUCAGCAUGCUGAUUAUGCUACCUGUUGACAUCCAAGAUGACACUACCGGCCUUAAGAAGCUUGAGCAAAAGCUCAAUUAUGAGAAUUACAUGGAGUGGACACGGCCUGAAAUGAUGGAUACUGUGGAGGUGCAGGUGUCUUUGCCGCGGUUCAAACUGGAGGAAACCUACGACAUGAAAGAUCUGCUUGUCAGCAUGGGCAUGACAGAUGCCUUUAACCCUUGCAAGUGUGAUUUUUCACGCAUGUCUCCUGGCGAUGAUCUGGUGCUCUCCAAGGUCGUGCAUAAAUCCUUUGUAGAGGUGAAUGAAGAAGGCACUGAAGCCGCUGCGGCUACUGCAGCUAUCAUGAUGUUGCGUUGUGCCAUGCUACCCCCGGAGCAAUUUCGGGCGGACCAUCCCUUCCUCUUUUUCAUUCAACACAAACCAACCAGGAGCAUUCUCUUCUGUGGACGCUACAGCUCUCCUUAAAUUACCUCAAGUGCAAAUAUAAAGCUAUGCAGUUAGUUGAUGUCAUAGUUAACUGUGUCUUAAAUAAACAUAUUUAGAUAAUGAAUUUUUGUACAAUUAUCAACUAACGUUUUCAAGCAAGCACUUUGGCAAAAUGGGAUGAUAUUCAUUAACCAAAUGAAAUAAACAUGUUCUUCACAACA